CCCUCGCCCUCGCCGCCGCCUCCGCCACGCUAAGGGAAACGGGGCGUCGCAGUCGCGCCCCGCUAAUUCAUCUGGAUGCCAGCAUGGCCGCCACGAACCUGGAGAACCAGCUGCACAGCGCGCAGAAGAACCUCCUGUUCCUGCAGCGCGAGCACGCGGGGACCCUCAAGGGACUGCAUGCCGAGAUCCGCCGGCUGCAACAGCACUGCACGGAUCUCACCUAUGAGCUGACUCUCAAAGGUUCCGAUCAGGCAGGCGCAGGGUCCUCCCGGGGCAGCGAGCUGCGGCAGCGCUGCGAGGAGCUGGAGGCGCAGCUGCGCGCCAAGGAGCAGGAGAAGGAGGAGCUGGCGGCCGCCCUGGAGCAGAAGAACGCCAUGAUCGCCGUGCUGGAGAACACCGUCAAGGAGCGCGAGAAGAAGUACCUGGAGGAGCUCAAGGUGAAGAGCCACAAGCUGAGCCUGCUGACGGGCGAGCUGGAGCAGCGCGCGGGGGCCGUGGCCUACCUGACGGCGCAGCUGCACGCGGCCAAGAAGAAGCUGCUGGGCAGCUGCGGCGCCGACGGCGGCCCGGCCGGGAGCCCCGCGCUGGCCGGCUACAAGCCGGCGCCCCCCAAGGACAAGCUGCCCGAGACGCCGCGCCGCCGCAUGAAGAAGAGCCUGUCGGCGCCGCUGCACCCCGAGCUCGAGGAGGUGUACCGCUUCGGGGCCGACAGCCGCAAGCUGCUGCUGCGGGAGCCCGUGGAGGCCAUGCCGGACCCCACGCCCUUCCUGCUGGCGCGGGAGGCGGCCGAGGUGCAGCUCAUCAAGGAGCGGCCCCUGGUCAUCCCCCCCAUCGGCUCGGACCGCGGCACCAGCGCGCCGCACAGCCCCGGCCGCGACCAGGCGCACAAGGCCCACGUGGGGGUGGCCCACCGCAUCCCGCACGCCGCGGCCCCGCAGCCCCCGGCCCAGGUGGAGACGCUGGCGGUGGACCAGGUGAACGCGGGCAAGGUGGCGAGGAAGCACUCGGGCGCGGACAGAACGGUGUGAGGCGCCGCGUCCCGCGCCCGCCCGCCGGACUCGGCCUCCCUCUGGUACCGCCCGUGCAUGUCACACCACUGCCUUCUUCCAGGCCCACCUCGGCGCCCGCCCUCGCGCCGGCACCACGGCCGACCCUGCUCCUCAACACGCAUUUCCCGGCCGCCGUGGCCCGGCACCGCGCCCCAGGCCCACCCCGCGCAGCCCCUGCUGAGAGCCACAGCGCCUGCCCAUCGCGACCGUGUCCCCGGGCGUCUGGGGCAGCUCCCCAGCCACAUCCCCCGCCACCAUGCCGGGUGGGCAGGGCGGUGCCGACGUCGAGCAGUUUCCAUGUAUGUCACAGGAACUAAAUAGACAGUUUGCUGCUCCUACACCACCACAUGGUGUGCGCAGUUUGUUUGUUUUAGCCAAAUGUUCACGACCCUAACAAACUUUAUUUUCUAAACUGGC